GUUUCGAUUAUGCUGAGGGCGUUGUCAACUUCUGGUAAGGCGUCCCCAGGACCCCAUCUUUUUUCCCUUUACAAAGCAAGAAUCAGAGAUGCUUGGACUUUCUUGACGCCCAAAACAUAGUCCCCAAAUUUGACUAACGGCCAGUGUGGUGGGAUUUAAAAUCCUUCCUCCGUGAAGUCCUACCUUUCCUUCCUUGCCCACCAUAGGAGAAUCUCCUAGUAAAAGGGAACUUGACCCUCCCGGUAGGCAAGAGUCCCUACUCCCUACCUUCGGCACAUUCACUCUCUCAGGUCUCUCUAAAGGGAGCUGAUGGCCUCCACCCUACCCUAGAGGCCCUUCUCCCAAAGGAGCAUUCCAGAAAACCCAAUCUUGCUGCCGAGAAGAGCCUGGAAUCCUAGAUCUAAACCAGUGAAAAAUCCCACUGAACUAUGGGUAAGGCAUUCUCCCAGCUCACCUCUCAGAAGGAUGAGGAUGAGUCUAUCCUACCUGAUAACCCUGCCAUGGCCAGCAAGGCUGCCAACUACUUCAGCACUGGUAACAGCAAGCUGUCACACUCCUGUGUGCCUUGUGAAAAGGCUGCGAGUACCAGCUUUGUGACUUGUCCUACCUGCCAAGGCAAUGGGGAGAUCCCCCAAGAGCUAGAGAAGCAGCUGGUGGCCCUCAUCCCUUAUGGAGACCAAAGGCUGAAGCCCAGACGCACGAAGCUCUCUGUGUUCCUGGCCGUGACCAUCUGCCUGCUGAUUUUCUCCCUCACCAUCUUUUUCCUGUAUCCACGGAACAUUGUUGUGCAUCCUGUAGGCCUCAACUCCUCUACGGUCGCCUUCGAUGAAACUCAUGUACAGCUCAACAUGACGAAUGUCCUGAACAUCACCAACAGCAACUUCUAUCCCGUCACAGUGACACAGCUGACAGCCGAGGUGCUCCACCAGACCUCUGUGGUAGGCCAGGUUACCAGCAGUUUCCGCCUGCACAUUGGCCCUUUGGCCAGUAAGCAGAUGCCUUACGAAGUUGCCAGCAGGAUUUUGGAUGAAAACACAUACAAAAUCUGUACAUGGCCGAAAAUCAGAGUCCACCAUAUCCUUGUGAAUAUCCAGGGUGCUCUGACCUGCUCCUACCUGACCCAUCCACAACAGCUACCCUUCGAGAGCUUCGAAUAUGUGGACUGCAGAGAAAACAUGUCAAUGCCCCAUCUAGAGCUCCCUCACCCAGCCUGAUCUGUCUGCUGCCCUUCUACACCAGGCACCUGCAAGCGGGACUGCAGCUCCGCUCCAUGGAGCUCUAGGAAAGACUGUAGUGACUUUGUUGGAGGAAACGUCCUGCUUUUGUCUGUGCCUUCCCCUAACACCCUCAGUGCAUGGAGCUCCUGUAACAAUGUCCUAGUUCCUGAGUCCUCAGAUCCCCAGGAGUCACUUGUGAUGAGUGUCAUCGUGCAGACAGGAUGUCAUGUCAUCGUGGUCCGUGUGUGGAGGAAUGGCUAACUUGGCAUCGUCUUGGGACUGAGCAUGUUGGUUACCCAGCUCCACCCAGGUGGAUCUUCAGUUGGAAUGUAGUUCUAGCUACACUUCGCAACAUGGAUGGAUCUUUUUCAAGUUUUCCUCUCAGUAAUAAGUGGCUUUCCGGACAUCCA